CUUUUCAAUCAUAAACAUUUGAUCUGCAGUGUGUCUACUUUUCCCGGUCAAUCAUCCUUCUCAGCAGCUUGGAUGCGGAACACGGGCAACUUCUAUGUCCGAGGCAGCCGCAUGGCAUGACGUAGCAUUGCUGUAUUCGGACGAGGCCUUCCUACUCCAGCGUUACGGCUGUUUGCGUGUCCGAAAAACGCUACAUCAUCCCAUGUCCAGUUUGCAACGCUGUGUCGGACCAAUAGUGCCGCUUUCAAUCCCGCGCGGUCGCAUCAAUCCGGGCACAACAACCCCUGUAACCAUCCACAACUACCCCGCAAGCUCACUUCCCCACAUCCAUACUCGUAACUUUCGAGCACGGCAGUACGUCUGGUAGCAAACUAAUGCGUCUCUUUUCCAGAAGGAAAACCUGUAACAUGAGGGACAGUUUGCAUUAGACUACCCUAUUGCCAGUUGAGAGGGCACAACACGUACGUGAUGGCACAUAUAUUUUCUCUCGCGAACCCUGCCCCAUCAGCGUAUCAUGAAGGGAGCCGAUCGGGUGACCAAGUCAGGUUCCCAGAUAGUGGCUUCUUCCAAGGCUUCAACAGGCCAUCGCGACUCGAAGCCGAUAUCUUUGAGCUCGAGACGACUGGUACAAUUCCCAAAGAUAUAAACGGAACUUUUUUCCGUAUACAACCAGACCAUCGCUUCCCACCCUUGUACGAAGAAGAUAUACACUUCAACGGCGAUGGUUCGGUCUCAGCAUUUUGUUUCGAGAACGGUCACGUCGACUUCAGACAGCGAUAUGUACAUACCGAUCGGUUCAAGGCGGAAACGAAGGCACGCAAGUCUCUACUCGGCCGAUACAGAAACCCGCAUACCGAUAAUGAGAUGGUGAAAGGUAUUAUCAGAACAGCUUCCAAUACUAACAUCAUCUUCUGGCGCGGGGUGCUGCUAGCCAUCAAGGAAGACGGCCCGCCUUUCGCUAUGGAUCCAGUAACAUUAGAGACAGUUGGCCGGUAUGACUUCGACGGUCAAGUACAAUCCCCAACGUUUACUGCGCACCCUAAAUUCGAUCCAGACACUGGAGAAAUGGUAUGCUAUGGCUAUGAAGCGGGCGGUAACGGGUACGAUGCCAGUUGUGACAUUGUUGUAUACACUAUCGACAAAGAUGGGAAGAAAACCGAGGAAUGCUGGUAUAAAGCGCCAUUCUGUGGGAUGAUACAUGAUUGCGCUAUCACGAAGAACUACUUGAUCUUACCACUCACGCCGAUCAAAGUCAAUGCUGAGAGGCUCAAAAAGGGCGGCAAUCACUUCGCUUGGGAUCCAGAUGAAGACCAGUGGUAUGGCAUAGUGCCUCGUCGAAAUGGAAAGCCAGAGGAUAUCGUCUGGCUACGCGCCGACAAUGGCUUUCACGGUCAUGUCGCUGGCUCCUACGAAGACUCGUCAGGCAACAUCGUGGUCGACCUGACCAUAGCUUCAGACAACGUCUUCUUCUUCUUCCCACCAGACAGCCAAGCAGACACACCCACGACGUUACUCCAGCGCAACAAGCUCGUCUCCGACACUUACCGCUGGGUCUUCGAUCCCAAAACUCCCACCAACACGCGGGUACAACCUCAUAAACUCUUUGGCAUCAACGGCGAGUUCUCUCGCAUCGACGACAGAGUUCUGACGAAGAAGUACAACCACUUCUGGCAAUGCAACAUCGACCCGAGCAAACCGUAUGACUUCCAGAAGUGUGGCCCGCCAGCCGGUGGUCUCUUCAACGUACUGGGACACUACGAGUGGGAGAGUGGAAAGAAAGAUACCUUCUGGGCAGGACCGACAUGUACGUUCCAAGAGCCUGUCUUCGUUCCGAAGGUCUCGUCUUCUUCAUCAGAUUUCGUAGAGGGUGAGGGGUAUAUCAUGGCUUUGCUCAAUCAUCUCGACGUCUUGCGCAACGACAUCCUUAUCUUUGAUGCGCAAAACCUUUCCCAAGGGCCACUAGCAGUCAUUCAUCUACCUGUCAAGUUGCGUCUGGGCCUGCAUGGUAACUUCAUCGAACAGAAAGACAUCGAUGAGUGGGCUGAGAAGCGCAAGGAGGGCGGCGAGGUUGGACCAGCGGUGCCGGCGAAGGAGAUGUUGCCAUGGCAGAAGAAGAUGGCAGAGGAGGAGGGCCUUGGGAUUGCGGUACCAGUGCCGGGAAAAGAUUCUCUCGACGGGUCGAACGGCACGAUUGGGCUCAACGGUAACUGAUUCCACGGUGAGGCUUAACUAGCAAGGAGAAACUGCUAAUGAAACUCGACCUCGAUCGUGCUCUUAUAUCUGUCUCCCCUGUUUGAACGGUGCAAUUACUGGAACUCCGUUGACCUGAACCGUUUGGUUGUAUACGAAUGGCAAGCACGAACUGCCUGCUUCAAAUUAGUAUAGGUACCAGUCAAUACUCUCUUCCAAUUUACGCAAUCACUCCUGUGCAGUUCCACCCCGACCUAUAUAGCAGCCUUACAGACUGGAAAAGACCAGUUCUAGACUCCGACUACAAUUCUUUGACUCCUCAA